CAACCUGUUCUCUGCUGCGCCUCCGACUCGCCUUUCAAAGAAACAUUGGAAAAGCUCGUCGUUUACUUUUUAAAGUCAAGUCUUUUUCCACUGGUUUUUUUCUGAGGAAACACUUCAAGCUACCACGAAACUCUCACGUUUCUUUUUUAUUCGAGCUUUUUUUUUGAGUCUUUUUAUUCGACGCGUUUGUGGACUUCGAACGAGGUCAGGCACCUGUUUCAAACAAGGAAGUCCAGGCUGGUUGAACCCGUCUGAGAUAAUAAUGUCGGCGAGGCGUCUGUACAUGGCCGUGAAUUAGGUCGGUUGUCUAUUCUGAAAGGCGAGUUUAUUCCCCAUGUUAAUCCUAUAAUUACGUUUUGGACCGUAGCCUGCCAUCUAAACGGGAUAAAUCUGCGUCCACCCUCUCCGAGACAAGAUGGAUAUGUCUUUGGAGCCCAAGUAUUCAUCAGCCGAGAACGGCUCCAUUGUUAACCUGGAUGCACUGAUCAUCCCAGACCAGUCUGACUUCUCCAAUAUGACCAUCAUCCGGACGAGCAACGGCUCCCUCAGAGAAGACUACAUGUUUUUAAACACACUGGCGGCUCAGGCCCUCUCCGGGAUAUUCGUCUGGUCCGCCUUGCUCAUGACAUGCCACCAGAUCUACACACACCUUCGGUCCUACACCGUCCCCAAUGAGCAGCGCUACAUCAUCCGCAUCCUGUUCAUUGUGCCAGUCUAUGCCUUCGAUUCUUGGCUCAGCCUGCUCUUCAUCAGCAACGACCAGUAUUACGUCUACUUUGAUUCUGUUCGAGACUGCUACGAAGCGUUUGUCAUUUACAAUUUCCUGAGCCUGUCCUUUGAGUAUCUGGGAGGAGAGAGUGGAAUCAUGUCGGAGCUCCGAGGGAAGUCCAUCCAGUCAAGUUGUCUGUACGGUACCUGCUGCCUCGCCGGAAGCAGCUACUCCAUCGGCUUCUUGAGAUUCUGCAAACAGGCGACUCUCCAGUUCUGCGUCGUCAAACCCAUCAUGGCCAUCAUCACCAUCAUCCUGCAGGCCUUUGGCAAAUAUCACGACGGAGAUUUUAACAUAAAUGGAGGAUACCUCUACAUCUCCAUCAUCUACAACUUCUCCGUCAGCCUGGCCCUCUACGCUCUCUUCCUCUUCUUCUUCGCGACCAGUGACCUGCUCCGGCCGUACGAACCGGUGCUGAAAUUCCUCACCAUCAAAUCCGUCAUCUUCUUAUCCUUCUGGCAAGGAAUGCUCCUCGCCAUCCUGGAGCGCUGCGAGGUCAUACCCAACGUGCUCUUCAUCGAUGGACAAGAGGUCGGCGCCGGCACCGUGGCAGCGGGCUGGCAGAACUUCAUCAUCUGCAUCGAAAUGUUCUUUGCUGCCAUCGCCCUCCGAUACGCCUUCACCUGCACCGUCUACCAGGAGAAGAAAUUGGACGUGUCGGAAAACCAGCCGCCAAUGCACAGCAUCUCCAGCGGUCUGAAGGAAACCAUAAACCCAGCAGACAUGGUGCAAGAUGCCAUCCACAACUUCUCCCCAGCCUACCAGCAGUACACCCAGCAGUCCACGCAGGAGGUCGUCCAGCCCAGCAACAACGGGAAAGUGGCCGCGGGCAGCAAGAGCUCCCGCAAGUCUGACAAAUUCAUGCUGAUCACCUCUGAUGAUGAAUUAUAGCCCUUUUUCUCUUUUAAUCCAGCAAGAUCCAGAUGUUUGGGUCCGUGCCACCCAUAUCUCUGACCCCCUGGGGAAACAGCUGUAUCGCACAGAGCUGGAUUGAAUCCAGGUGUUUCAUUGUCAUGUUCCUCGUAUUUAAGAUGGACUGCUUGCUUCUGUCCUGUUUUAAUGAAUAAAUUAAAGCAGCGAGAGGAGGAAGAAAUGUAAUAGUAGUUUUAAAAUGCAUAGCUCAACGACCAGAGAACUCACCUGUCUUCAUCUCCUUUGGUAAUAAUCUCAGGAAGACGACGUGUCACCUUCACGGUAUCGGGAGACAUCUGGAGCAUGUGCAAUUUCUUUAAAUCAAGCCGCUGCAUCUUCAGCAUGUUCCCCCCCCCCCCCCCCCCCCCCCGUCGUAACUUUCUGAUUCGGUCAUUGUGCCGGCGCUCGUUCUCCGGCCGCCCUGAAGUGCGUUCCCUCUGAUUCAUGUCGGCUUUCAAAGAGGACGUUAUUAAUAUGUGACUUCGAGAGGGAAGCGGGGGAAGCCAGCGGUGGCUGGGAAUGACACUUUAUGGACCGUCUCUCGCAUCUGCUUGUUUGAAGUGUGUGCCGAGCGUUUCCCAAGGCCCGGUUUCCUGACAAAUGGGACGAUUUUUUUGAACGGAGACUCAUUCGUUUUGGAGCGGGCACUUCAAACCGCAGGCUGUACCACUUCGCCGUCCUUUUGUAUUCGCCGUGGCGAGGACAAAUUGGAUGAACCCGUCUCCUCCAAAGUGGGGGUUCUAGUCUUCUCGUUAAUUUUUCCCAGCAUGCUAAAGAGUUUUAAUUCAGUGCAACCAGACAGCCGUUCGAUUACCGCCUUGUUUCGUCAGUGUUUGGCAGAACCUGUUCACAUCAUUAUUUGUGUUUUUAUGAUUCCAUGUCCCAGGGAUUAUGAAGCGUACACCGAAUUUGAUUGGUGUAAAUCAUAUUUUCUGUUUUUAUUUUAAAAAAUAACUGUUUUGGAUUUUAAAUUGGGAAGAUUUUAAUGUGUUUUUUUAUUUUAUUUUUUAGACAACCAGAUAUUCUGUGUGGUGGAGAAGUAGCUCAACAAAUUUGUGUGUGUGUGUGGAGAGACUUUGUAGUUUCUUCUCCCGCUUAGUUUUUUUAAAUUUAGAAAUGCUAUGUUGAUGUGACAUGGGAGACGUAAAGCUUAAGUACAUUAUUGGAAACGACUUUUUUCAUGGGUUGUUUGCAUUUUCAUACCUUGUGCCAAUUAUAGCUGUCUUUCUGGGAAAGCUGAAAUCAAUGUUGGGUUCAAGAAUAUAAUUAACUUUUGUGUCUUUAGUCCUAUUUUUGUUUUGUGUAACUUGAACCGAGUGAGUCUGCACUUCUAGAGGAGAUCAAAAGCUUUAUUUGAAAAAACCAAAACCCCAAAAGACAAAUUUUUAGAAUAAUACCAUUCUUUAAAAUCAAGAGUAGAAACAAAUAGACUUUAUUUGUACAUGAGGGUAGUUCAUUGAGAAAACAUGUAAAUAAAUGACUGUAAAAUAAAAAUAAUUUAGAUGUU